AUGGCAGCACAUGUGGACACGAACUACCAGGAGCUCAAGAGAUCCGCCAAACCUUGGAGUAUGCAAAUGGUGUUCCCUCUGAAGACCCUCAAGUUUGAAGAACGGGUUUCUGCAGUAAGAUUGGAGGCACCUAUUGGGGUUCUUGUGAGGGGAAGUGAGCUUUGGGUUUAG